AUGUCUGUACCCCGUUCGGGCAAGAAGUCCCGGACUACUUACGAAGCUGCCGCCGCUUCUGUUCCCAGAUCGCGACAGUCUUCGGGCAGUCAGCCUGAAGCCGUUCAAUCGGCUUUCAUCAGUUCUCGGAGUGGGCAUAACCCCUUCACUUCACAAGGAGCUGGUACUUACCGCAAAGCCGCCGCUCCUGGAGUACCCGAUCCACGUGGUAGUGGACCUCUCUGUUCCGGUCGAGGAGGGGCGGAGGUUCCAUCGUACGAAUACGAGUACCAGGCACCUCCGGGGAGCCACUCUCGACCGAGUGCACCACCUGCUCGGUCGUUGCAGGGCACUGAAGUUGACCGCCUCCGUCAACAUGUUCUCGUGCUUGAGAUUGCACUAGGCCUUGGGACUGGCGGUGAUGCUGCCGCCCAGGCCGGGAACCAGGGCGUUCACGCUCGUUUUGCGGAACGCCUGGAUCGGUUGCAGCGAGAUAUCUCUGAUCUGCAUGGGCGGGUGGACCGCCGGGCCUUCUCGUCCGAUCUUGACGAGGCCUUCCGCCAGAUUCGACGUGUUGAGAGUCUGCAACCACGUCUGGAGCCGCCCUUGGCGCGCUCCCAGCCGUACGCAUAUGGUGCGUACCCGGCGUACUCGGCGUAUGCCCCUGGGGUCCGUUCGUACGGGGCCCCUCCGGCGUACGAUCUUGCUUGCGGCCUUGAUGUCCAGCGCGAGCCUUGGACGCACGCCUCUGCGACGACGUCUGAGGCCGCUCCUCGCUUCGAGGAGCUGGACCAAGGUGGGUCUGCGAGUCAGCAACCCCCUGCGGAUCAUGGUACCGCUUAA